UGUUACAGAGCAGCGCAGAUCCCUAAGGCCCGAGACCCGUGGUCAAAGGAGGCUGUUCUGCUUGCCCUCCAAUGUUGGAAAAGGAAGAAAAGGACAGUGGAGGAGGAGGAAGACCAAACAUCUGCUGCUGGUCAGGAGGACAAAAGAAGGUGCCAUGACAGCAGUGGGAGUGGCCAUUCAGCUUUUAAGCCGGAGGUGGCCAACGGAGUCCCUGCUGCUUUUGUGCCUGAGCCUGGGCCUCUGCAGAGAGGCCUCAGUUCCCAGAGCUCAGAUGGCGAGCUGCGUAAGAGAACCUGCACCUCUGCUGUGAGCUGCUCGAAGGGCACGUGCACAUGUGGCAUCCGUAUGUCCAGCCGCAAUGCCAUUACCAGUUCCUACACUUCUACUGGAGGCAUCUCUCAGCUCUGGAAGAGGCGUCCCAGUGCCUCAUCCUUCUCCAGUCCAGCCUCCUCCCGCUCACAGACACCAGGGAGUCCAGAAAAGAAAAUGAGAGAAGAGGACGGUCCUCAGGGAUCUGGCUCUUCUGCUCCGCCGGUAAACAAGGAGUCCCAGGGUGAACAGGAUACAACCACAUGUAGGGAGCAGAACUCCUGGGAUUCUCCACCUACACCCAGCAGCUCCCAGCCACACAGACGCAAGGUUCCCCUGGUGCCCUCCAGGCGAGGGAUCCUGCUGAUCUUGCCUCCAGCUCCCUGGAUCAGCGGCUCGAUCACGGUCGAAGAGUAUUACCAGGAGAAGCAAGCUCAGUCACAGUGGCUGAAGAGGAUCUUCGAGGAUAAGACUGGUAAGGAAUAUGGGUUAAUUUCACACUCCAGAGACAGUUCCCAGACCAGGGUCCCUCCCCGGCCCUCCUCAGACUCCAGGUACACAGCCCCUUUCUCGGGGCUGACCCCUGCCUCUCCCGCAAUACCAGCCAGUGAUGCCACCAACUCACCUCCAGCCUCUCAGGCUGAGACAUCUGCCAAACCCCAGGCCCCGCCUGCCGCAGCCCCCACCCUGAAGCCCAGUGUUCUCUUUGGAACGCUGAGCAGACCACCUGCUAACCCUUCUGCCUCGGCAGCUCCUGCUGUGUCUUCAGCACGUCCCACGUUCAAGCCCAUCUUUGUGGCUCCAUCUAAAAGUGGGAAGGAGGGUCCUGUGCCAUCCAGCCAUUCCCAAGUCACAACGGAGGCAUCUUCCAGCUCUGCCCACACCCCGACUACCAGCAGCCUCCCCACUUUCAGUCCUGUUUUUAGCAGCACAGGGCUACCUACAUCUUUGCCCUUGUCAACUCCUUCCUCCUUCAGUCAGACAACUACUUCAGGCACUAGCAUGAAUACCCCUCUGUACCCUGGCCCUUUCAGUGUCAGCAUCCCCUCAGCAGCGGCUUGGGGGACCACCACCGGCACAGCCGCAGACUCUGCCCAGAAGCCUGUCUUUGGCUUUGGUGUGAGCAGUGUGACCAGCACUGCGAGCAGCAUGACCAGCCCCACUGCUUCCACUGCCCAGCCUGUCUUCUUUGGGUCCCCCCUUGCCUCUGCUGCCAGCUCUGCCCAGCCAUGGGCUCCAUACUCCAGUUUGGCAGGCUCAGGCCAUUCCCUGCCCGGCGCCAUCCAGACAGCUGCUGGCAGCAGCACCGCCGGUUUCGGUGGCUUCAGUGGCACCCUCACGACCUCUGCCCCCAUCGCCCCGAGCCAGCCUGCACUGACAUUAAGCAGCACUGCCACCCCAGCCUUCAACACUCCCUUUGGUUCCGGCACCAGGCCCCCCGUCCCGUCCUAUCCCGGAGUCACCCCACAGCACACGUUCGGAGCCACUCAGACAGCAGAUGUGGACUGCCAGCCAGCACUGGCCCCCAGCUUCGGCAGCUCCUUUCCUUUUGGAAGCUCAGCAGCCCUGGCCCCACCCCAGCCAGCCUUUGGCACCACCGUGUGGUCAGGUUUUCGUGGAUUGAAACCCGCAGCCUCUCUUUUUGGCACCAUCUCCAGCACCCAGUCAGCCUUUGGCAGCACCACAGCUGUUUCCUCCAAUUUUUUUAUUUUGUGGUAUCAUUAAUCUGCAAUUAUUUGAGGAACAUUAUGUUUACUAGACUCCCCUCGUCACCAAGUCCCCCCCACAUACCCCAGUAGUCACUGUUCAUCAGCCUAGUAAGAUGCUGCAAAAUCACUACUUGUCUACUACGUGUUGCACAGCCCUCCCCGUGCCCCCCCAAAUUAUACAUGUUAAUCAUAAGGCCCCCUUUCUUCUUCCACCCCUUCUCCCUCCCUUUCCACCUAUCCUCCCCAGUCCCUUUCUAUUUGGUAAUUGUGAGUCCUUUCUUGGGUUCUGUGAUUCUGCUGCUGUUUUAUUCCUUCUGUUUUUCCUUUGUUCUUAUACUCCAGAGAUGAG